UUAGGCCAGAAUCAUUUCUUGAUUAAUAUAAUGGAAAUUGAUAAAAGUGUGAAAGCACCAUUGUGAAGUUCCUGAUAUUUUUGGAGAUAAAAAUAAAAUUAAGAAAAAGACUUGAAGAAAAUGACAACGUGUGGAUAUUAAUUACUUUAUGAAUUGAAUGGCGUGAAUGUAUUUCAAUUCGUGCUAAUGUCGAAGUCUGUUACGUGCCGGUGCUGCAUGGCGCGGCCUCCGGACAAAGAUUUGAAAACUGUGUACACAACUCUUGGAACGUCUGAAGUAUACGCGGAUAUGGUGAAGGAUUGCUUCGAAAUUCAUAUGUCAUUCGGUAUAUGCACGGCAGACAGUGGGAUCUGCGAUGUUUGCAUAACAAGGUUACGUGAUGCCUGCGAUUUCAAGCAUCAAAUUCAACGAUGCCAGAGGCAGUUCCAACAUCUGGCUGCUCUCAUACAAGAUAGUACCACAACGAAAGUCAAAGAGGAAGUGACAGAUUUAGAUGAAGAAAACGGUAUAUAUUUUCUGGAUUUGAAAGAGGAAGCCUCUGAUCUUGACGAGAUGGGAGCGAUUGAUGACGACAAGAACCUCGCCGACAUACUGGGGUUCGGUACAGUCACCGUCAAAAGGAAAACGGACAAGAAACUUAUUAAGAAACGUAAUUUGCGUAUAAAUAAAACGCACGAGAAAAAAUCAAAAUCCCAACUAAAGAUAUCGCUGCGUACUCUGUCUCAGAUCAAAAUGUUAAAACCGAUGCCGACGAUACGUUUCACGAACGAGAAUUCAAAGCACAAGAACAAUAUAGACAAUCUAUUGAAGAAUUCGAAUUGUACGCCUUUUUUGAACAAGACCCUGUCGGGGAUUGUGUGCGCUUACUGCAAAGAGACGCAUCCAAAUAUCGACAAACUGCGAACUCACAUCAAAGAAACUCACUCAAAUGACGAGCUAAUCGAUAAGAAGAAAAUGGACAAAAACAAUCUAUCCGUCAAAAUGGACAUAACCGAUCUAAGUUGUAACGCUUGCGGUGCGAAUUUCGACGUUAUCGAUAAUCUAAUAAAGCAUCUAUCGAAAGAGCACGAAGUGAAGUUCUAUUCGGAUAUUCACAAUUACAUUUUAGAGUUCAAGCUAACGGACAGCGAAAUUUUAAACUGCGCCCUCUGCAAUUCGACCUUUGAAACCUUCAAGAUGCUGUUACAACACAUGAAUGGCCACUACAGGAACUAUAUAUGCGAGAUAUGCGAUCUAGGUUUCAUAAAUAAGCACAGGCUGAAGAAUCAUCAGAGAACGCAUGAGAUUGGUGACUUCCAGUGUUCGUUUUGCGAUAAAGUCUUCACGACCAGGGUUAGGAAGAUGUGCCACGAGAAAUACACGCACAAUAGCAGCGCUAGAUACACUACGAACUGUCCACACUGCGAACAAUCCUUCACCAGCUACUACCAGAGAAACCGGCACAUGUUUAAAGAGCACAACGCAGUCGCCGCCUCGUACCGAUGCAAUAUAUGCGAUAAGACCUUUAUACUAAAGUCGAAAUUGACAGCGCACAUAAAGAAGGUUCAUCUGAUGGAACGCAAUCAUAUAUGUCCGGAAUGCGGUCAGGGGUUCUUCAUAAAGCAAUCCCUGGACGAGCACAUGAUAAAGCACAACGGGGAGAGGGUCUACAAAUGUACCGUUUGUCUGAAGGCUUAUGCCAGGAAGAAGACCCUGAGGGAGCACAUGAGGAUCCACAAUAACGACAGGAGGUUCAAGUGCGGGGUCUGUUCGCUGGCUUUCGUGCAAAAGUGCAGCUUAAAAAGCCAUAUGCUUUCGAAUCACGGCGUCACUUUGGCGGAAUACGAAACGCCGAAGACUGUGUCUAGUCCUUAACACGCUCGCGAGGAUUCAGCGCUGUGCCGUCGUCGGAUUAAACAGAAUUUGGCUGAUCGUGCUAGGCCUAGACCGCACUACGGUAAAACCGCAGCGGUUAUUAAGCGUGUGAGUUUAUGAAAAACGAAAAGGAAUAAAAGCGGCCACACUUGGGGUUCUUUCCCGCGACUGAAUUUUAAAACUGCGAAAUAUUACAAAAUUGUCGCGGAAAAAAAACCGCAACAAAAUUUAGAAUCCAUAAAACUAGGUAUCCGUGCACGCAUGAGGUAUGCGUAACCGCGGGCGGUUUUUUUGAAACGUCAAAUACAUUUGCGAUAUUUUGUUUCCAUGAAAAACUCGCUGCUGACAUCUGAUGGUAAUUGCAAAAUUUCUCUGGGUGUUUUCUUAAAUUUUGAUAUUUCUUAUGAAAGAAACCUCUCUCAAAUCUACGGCUAGUAAGUGGAUGGACUCAACAUUUGUGAAAUUUUCGUUGUCUUUUUUUCUAUAUCAUAGUAGCCGAGCAAGACUACAUACUGCUCUUUUGAAAUUUAUCCAUCUUCAAACUGUGAAAAUCGCAGGCGAAUUCGCGGUUAAUAAUUGUAGUGUGUGCGUCUUAAGCGGUUUCGCGGUUAUACCGGUUAAAUGCUCCCGGGAAGAAACCGUAGUGCGGCCUAGGCCUUAAAAGCUUCGUCAAACAGAACGCGUAUUUAGCGCUGCGUUAUAACGUGGUGCUGUUUUCAUGUCACACAAAUUGACUAGAUGAACCCAACGCUCCUUGAAACAACGUAACAGUCGCCAAAUCAUAGUGCCUUUCGAUAGCAGUGUGAAAAUUUAAAAGUAUUAAGAUGUCAAGUGAUUUGAUUCAGAUGUGGCAUUGUAUAAGUAUGGGUAUUUCAAUACGCUUUUAUUAGCUUCAGACGUAUGUAUGUUAGUAUGUAACGGGAUCUUUGAACAUGAUUUUGGCUCCCUUCAAAACGUCGGAUUAACUAGAAAUUUGGUAUACUUAUUAAAGACCGAUGACAAUUCGAUAUUAAAAAAUUGAAAUCCAAUUAAAAAAUAGAAAAUAAAUUUGAAUUAAAAAUAGUGUACAUAAGGAAAAAAGAUUUAAUUUAAAAAAAAGCGUGGUGUGCAUGGUAUCAGUAGUUAUAAAUAUUUUAUGAACAGAUAUGAAUAGAAAGGUUAUUUUGAUAAUGUCCUGAAAAGCACCCCACGCUUUUUUACAAUAAAAUCAUUUUUUCUUACACUAUUUUUAAUUCAAAUUUAUUUUCUAUAAAAGCAUAUUUUGUUUGGUUUUUUAUACUAUUAUUUAUUUUAACUAAUUCUAUCAAUUUUUCGGGCAUUAUCCAGUAUUUUAAUACACAUUCACUCGGACGCUAAAAUAAAAUUUGUAAAAAAUUACAACGUCUGACGUCAAAGCGUCUUAACACCACGACAGAGCAUUGCGUACUGUUAGGCCUUGUUCGGACUAGGCGAGUAUUUUAGUCGAGUACCGAGUAAUUUAGUGGCUAAACUAUUCGCUACUCGCCCGACAAAGUAGAACAAAAUGGAUUGACUUGACUAAAUUAUUUACUAACCUAAUCGACUAAAUUUUUGGUGCUCAGACACAUUUAGCUACUAAAUUACUCGAUACUCGACUUAAAUACUCGCCUAGUCCGAACAAGGCUUUAGCGCUGGCGCUCUGUUUGACAGUAUAUUUACCAUACUAUAAGCCGCGCCAAUAAAGAAACGAAUCGAAAAUGGCGUCUAUGUACCUGCACUAAGAGAUGGUAGGGUCAACAAAUAAAAUGAAAGAUAGAAACAAAAAGUUGUUUAUUGUAAAAUAAUAUAAAAAAACAAAUGAGAAUGUACUUAAUUUUGGUGCGCUGGCAGAGAGGGAGGUGUUUGGGAUGCAACUUGCGUAGAUACUUUUGCUGCCAGUCACCUAAGUCGCACAACUCGAACGCCCGGCGCGGUUGCCGAGCUUGCCGCCCAAAAAAAAACAAUAAAAUAUACACUUUAUUUAACAAAAACACCAAAAUAACGAACAAAUGCAACAAAUAACAACAAAAUUUCAGAGAAAACAGAGCGCGUCGAGACAAUGUGAGAACAAAGUCAGAACUGAUAUUUUUUUUGCAUGCAGUACGCUCCUUGUGCGACUAAAGACAGCUAUAGUUUAGAGUGAGAGCGCAUGAUCGUCGCCGCCAUUUUAGAUUCGUUUCUUUAUUGGCGCGGCUAUAGUACAACACAUCUCGGCGUCGUAGCCAUAGCGUACCAUCAGUUUAGCGUUCUGACGCGCGCUAAGUACGCGUUCUGUUUGACCAAGCCUUAAGAAGCAAAGCGAUUUGCAAUAUCCAGACCCGCCUUUUUUCAUAGCCACGAGUGUCUAGACUGGUAUAGUUCUUCUAAGAAUGACUCAUUUGGUACAGUUUGGAAUCACUGAUUAUUGAAACGAGGGUCGUGGGUCCGAUUCUCAUAAAGAGCUCUUUCCCUGCGUAUCUAAAUAUGUAUGUACAGUAAAAGCUCUUGAUUCGCGUGGUUUACGUUCUGUAAAUAUGUCGCGAAUACUUAGAUAUGCAAUGAAAUCCUUUUUAUUCAUGUACGUACAUAUUAGAUCCGAUAAUAAAAGGAAUAUUUGGCCGCGAACAUAGCGAAUUGGGUCGCAUCUUUUUUAAUCCGUGAUUGGUGAAUGAAGGAAGCGAAAAUAAGGAGCUUUUACUGGAUAUAUUUAAACAUAUUUAUAAGUAAUGUAUAACAGUCGCCGGAUCCCACAGUCCAGUUCAGAUAGCUGCGUUCGACUUGUCCUCAUUUAUUUAUUUGAUUGUAUUAUUCAGUCAUAUUAUUAUGCCGAUAAUUUAAAUUCGGGUUUUAGAUCGCACACAGUGUAAUUAGAAUUUAGUUAACAUUGAUCACUUUAGUGGAGAUGUUGGCGUUUUCCACUCACUAUCCCAUUAUUUUCACGGAUCCGAUGGAAAGUCUCAAACCUCAAUUGUUUAGCAGUUGUUUUUUUUUUUAAUAUUGUUAUGGCGAUAAUUCAAAUUCGGGUCUUAGAUCGCACACAGUUUAAUUAGAAUUUAGUUAACGUUGAUCACUUUAGUGGAGAUGUUGGCGUUUUUCACUCACUAUCCCAUUAUUCUCACGGAUCCGAUGGGAAGUCUCAAACCUCAAUGGUUUAGCAGUUGUUUAUUUUCAUAUUAUUAUGUCGAUAAUUCAAAUUCGGGUUUUAGAUCGCACACAGUGUAAUUAGAAUUUAGUUAACGUUGAUCACUUUAGUGGAGAUGUUGGCGUUUUUCACUCACUAUCCUAUUAUUCUCACCGAUCCGAUGGGAAGUCUCAAACCUCAAUUGUUUAGCAGUUGUUUUUUUUUUCAUAUUAUUAUGUCGAUAAUUCAAAUUCGGGUUUUAGAUCGCACACAGUGUAAUUAGAAUUUAGUUAACGUUGAUCACUUUAGUGGAGAUGUUGGCGUUUUUCACUCACUAUCCCAUUAUUCUCACGGAUCCGAUGGGAAGUCUCAAACCUCAAUGGUUUAGCAGUUGUUUUUUUUUAGCCAUUCGCUGGUAGCCUAAGAGGUUAUUCCAGUUGUGCCCUGACGGGUUGGUGAGCUCACGGACUCGACCUGAGAGAAUUUGCUAACAUUAACCCUAGCAAGAACAGUGCUUAGCUGAAUCUACCGCCGGAUCGGAAUCGCGAUCCACUGAAAGGGUUUAGCAAGAAACUCAUUGAGCCCAGCGGUUGUCGGAGUACGUCUGGUUACGUUAGGUUGAAGUAGUGGCCUGUCCCGCCCGAAUACCAAAAGCGAUUAUUAUUUUUUGCCUGUUAAAUACACCAGCAUUGAAAUCGGUACAAUGGAAGGCACAGUAGAGGAAAAAGUAGACCUAUGAGAAAAUAGAUGGAUUGCGUGAAAGACGAUAUGUGUAAGAAGGGAGUGAGCGAAGAAAUUACUGGUGGUAGGACGUCUUGUGAGUCCGCGCGGGUAGGUACCACCACCCUGCCUAUUUCUGCCGUGAAGCAGUAAUGCGUUUCAGUUUGAAGGGUCGGGCACCCGUUGUAACUAUACUGAGAACUUAGAACUUAUAUCUCAAGGUGGGUGGCGCAUUUACGUUGUAGAUUUCUAUAGGCUCCAGUAACCACUUAACACCAGGUGGGCUGUGAGCUCGUCCACCCAUCUAAGCAAUAAAAAAAAACUCAGUGGGCUCAGCGGCUGUCGGAGCAUAAAAUUUAACUCAAAUUUGUAUGGAGUUGAAACGUUUGCCUACGUUUGCCGCUAGGGGCGCUGUUCCAACUGCAUACAAAUUUGAGUUAACUUUUACGCGAUCGAGAACGUUAAAAAACUCGCACUAAGCACACCAGUGACGGGAUGUCGAAGUAGGCUUGUGACGCACUUAUAGAAAAUGCGGGUAAUGUUUUUUUUCUGUGUGUUUCACACUAGCAUUGAAAUUAGUACAGUGAACGUGGUUUUAUUGAAUUUAAUUAAACAUAAUAUCUAGUUAUUUAAACGUAUUUUCAAGAUCCUAGUUAUAUUUAUAUUUUAAAGAAUUAAGUCUAAUUGCUUUAAGUAAUCUUUUUUAAAAACUCAAAAUUUGACCCGAUCUUAUGUUGGAAAUGCGUAAAGGGUAAAAGGACACUAGCUAUCUCUCUCGCACGAUGGUAUGAGCGUGACGUCACGAAACUAGUUGUUAAUUAAUUUCUUAACCAAUUUAUAGUUGCUAUUAAUGAAGAUACAGUAUUUUUUUAGGAAAAUAAUUAUGUCAGCAUCUCCAUUAAAGUUAAUACGUAAUAGAAACAGUAUUAUUAAGUUGUUGAUUUCUUUUUUAUAUUGUAUAUUGUUAAUUAUAUGUACCUACUUUAACAAUUAUUUUUUCUUUCUUAAUAUAGGUUGAUUGUUAAAAUUGUAGCGGGAAUGGCUGUUGAAAAAGAAAUUGUAUUUUUUAAGUAUCAAUUUCAUUUUUGCUUUUUUAUAUCGUUUCGUUUUUUCUUUUUUUUUUGUCUUUUUAACAAUAAUCAUCAAAUGAAGUUUCGGCUUAAAAGAAUAAAAACUGAACAAUAAACAAAUGAAAAAAAAAACAUAUUAUUUCAAAAAAGGUUUAAUUAAAAUUCGUAUGGGGUUAAAAUGAUUUGAUUUUAUUCGAAUGUUGUAUGUACUUAUAAUUUUAACGUAGCGUAAACAAAUAGCAGUAUGUGCAUUAUGAAAAUGGAAAAAGAAAUGAAAUUGGUAGAUGGAAGAUUUGUUUAAACGACUUUUUUUUACAGUAUAAUUUUGAUACGGUGUUAUUGGGAACGUCAUAGAAAACGAAGACACGGAAUAAUGUAGACUCUACACUCGAAAUAGUUAUUUGUGCAACAAGAGAUCAAAGUUCUUUUUUGUUUGUAGUGCUGAUUUUGAGUCCCGAGCAAGGGAAGGUUUCUAUGAUUGAUUCACGAGCGUAACGAGUGAUUCAAAGUUAGAAUCCUGAGCGUAGUGAGGGACUCAACAGCACGAGACCCAAAAAACUUUGCUCUCUUGUAAGUAGCACACAUAACUUUUCAUAUUAGCAGUGAGAACACAUAUUACUUAGGAGACAUAGAAAUGAAAAGGAAUAGAUUGAAAUAACAAUUAAAAAAAAACGUAAUUUCUUUAUUACAAAUAUCUUUAAAUUUUCGGGUAUUACGCGUUUCCGAACGUGUUUUCUUUGAGGUCGAAUUCCAAAAUCGAAUUUCAUAUGGGGUUUGGUUUUUUCACUCGCUUUUUUAUAUGCAUGUGAAAGUGAAAGAGCACAGUAAAAUUCGAAUUUACGGCUGAACAAUGUCAAUUCGGGGCACUGUGAAGAUUCACAAUUUAAAAAGCUACUUUGACCCACGCUCGAAUCAAAAUCACGUUUUGUUCACUGUUGUCUCGCAGCGAAAGCGGCAUGUUUGAGCUGUUGAGGUGAAAAAUAUAUUAAAUAGUUAACAAAUAUAUAAUAUUAAAUAUUUAUUCACUCCAAAGCCGCUGUUAAUUAACUAAUAAUGAAUAAAUAAUCGUAGUUUGACAUGUGAAUUCAAACAAAUUUCCCUCCAAAACUACCAGGUCAAUAACCUCAGUCGUGUAGCGCGGUAAUGCGGUGGCUUUUACUGUUAACUUUUUGAAGACAUUGAGGGAUGAAAGGCUAUUGGGCUUAAGCGGCAUUUAUCUUUGUAAUUAAAGGUGCGUUCUAUUUUAUAUUAACAUCAACAAACAGUUCGACGUUUUGAACUCCAAUUAAAUUUACCUCAUUCAAAUACGUAAAGAAGUUUUUUUGUUAUUAUAUUUUGACCAAAUUUUAAACACUAAAUGGUUCUCCUGUGUAGUGUAUGUUUUAAUUAUUAUAGUCACACAGUAAACACGUAAAAAUAUGUCUUUAUGAUCGUUUUUUUUUUUUUAAUUUUUUAAUUCAAUUAAUAAAUUAUAUCUCUGAUACCUCCUCCUCCUCGAAUCGUGUUCCUCAUGUCUGAGGGUCGUGACCACCAUCACCCAUGAGCUUCAAUCUUAAGAUGUUUUUCCACUGUCCUGAUACCUACUGAGAUAUAUAAUACUUCUUUUGUUUUUUAUUACUUUGACGGCGGAACGUACGUGGCCCAUAGACAUCGGCAACGUAAAUGGUGUCGCCCAUCUUGGGAUGUAAGUUCUAAGUAUCAGUUUUAACAGUACAACGGCUGUCCCGGCCUGAGAACCGAAACGCAUUACUGCUUCACGGCAGAAAUAGGCGGGGAGGUGGUACCUACCCGUGCGGGCUCACAAGAGGCCGAACCUACAGUAUUUUUAGUGUUAGCCUGCCAUGAAUUCUAUUCGCCUUCGUUUUCUAUAACCAUUGCCCCAUGUUUGUUGUUAUAUUUUAGUUACGUAAUAAACUUCACAGAUAACGUUUGUUGUAAAAUUUUGUUCAUUUUUAUAUCAAAAAGUUUGAUUAGAGCGUAUAUUAUUAUUAUUAUAAUAAAUUGUUCCGAAAAAUGAUUGUGAUAAAGAAAAAUAAAACUACUAAUUUGUUAAUGUGAUUAGUAUUAUUUUUAUUGUGUGUGUUCAAAUAGUAAAAUUGUAUUAUCGAAAAGCAAUAAUAAAUUGUUAAUAUGGU